ACUGGAUUCAGUGGAAAUCGAGUGUCUUCUCAGCGUCUGUCUGAAAGGAAGCAUUCAUUAUCAGCAGUGAUUUUGACUCACAUCCUGUCUGGACAAACCUGAGCUAUUGUUCGUCACGGAGCCACUUUUCAAGAGGAGAUGCACGAGCAUAGAUCUUCGUGAGGCAGAGGAGUGUGGAUCCUCGUGGAACCAUCUUUCCUACCUACCUCCUCUUCUGCCCUCCACCCUUCUUUACUGUCACACAGACUCCGCGAUUCACAGAUUUACAGGCAGAUGGACAAAUGACGGCUGUGAGUUUAAGAUCUGACUGCUGAGGGUAUUCGUCACACUGCGCCCCCCCUUUGUAAGGCCUGAAUGCGUGUGAAUGGGAUAGAAACCCAGCAGCUUUCCCACUAGGGCUUCUGGGAAUGGUAAGAUGAGCGACUCCAAGCGAUGAUGAUGGCUAAAAAACAGGACGCCCGGGCACCAACCUACAACCUGGCUGUGGUGGGUUUGUCCGGGACCGAGAAGGAGAAAGGCCAGUGCGGGGUCGGAAAGUCCUGCCUCUGCAAUCGCUUUGUCCGCCCCAGUGCCGACGACUUUUAUUUGGACCACACCUCCGUUCUGAGCACUAGUGACUUUGGUGGUCGGGUGGUGAACAAUGACCACUUUCUGUUCUGGGGUGAAGCAGCUAGGCUGUUGGAGGAAGGACCAGAGUGUCGAAUGCAUGUGGUGGAACAGACGGAGUUCAUCGAUGAUCAAACGUUCCAGCCACAUCGGAGCACCGCUCUGCAGCCCUACAUCAAGAGAGCCGCGUCCACCAAACUGGCCUCCGCUGAAAAGCUCAUGUAUUUCUGCACCGAUCAGCUGGGUCUUGAGCAGGACUUUGAGCAGAAACAGAUGCCUGAGGGAAAGCUCCUGGUCGACGGCUUCCUUCUCUGUGUAGACGUAAGCAGGGGCAUGAACCGGAAUUUUGACGACCAGAUGAAGUUUGUCACAAACUUGUAUAACCAGUUAGCGAAGACUAAGAAACCAGCUGUACUGGUCUUGACCAAGUGUGAUGAAGGAGUUGAGCGGUACAUCAAGGAUUCCCACACUUUUGCAUUGACCAAGAAAAAUCUGCAGGUUGUUGAGACGUCUGCGCGUUCCAAUGUCAAUGUGGACCUUGCCUUUCUUACCCUGGUGCAACUGAUUGACAAGAGUCGAGGUAAGCCAAAAAUCAUUCCAUAUUUUGAGGCCCUUAAACAGCAGAGCCAGCAGAUUGCAUCUGCUAAAGACCGCUAUGAGUGGCUGGUCAGUUGCAUUGUCAAGAAUCACAACGAGACCUGGCCAAUCGUCAACCGCAGAAUGCUGACCUCCCCUGAAUACAAAGAAUAUGUCUUCCUUGAGGGUACUUCCAAAGCCAAGAAACUGUUUCAGCAACACGUGCAUAGGCUCAAACAGGAACACGUAGAAAAGAGACGCAAGAUCUACCUUAGCGCGCUUCCUCACGCCCUGUGUACUUUGCUACCAGACUUGGAUGAGAUUGACCAUUUGAGUUGGUCAGGAGUACAGAAGGUUCUGGAAACGAAGAGGGAGUUCUCUCACUGGUUUGUCAUAUUAGACGACACACCGUGGGAAACCACUGUGCAUAUCGAUAACAUGGAUGAUAACCGCAUCCCUCAGGACCUUUUGGAAACCCCAGCAGCAGAGGUCAUCUAUGAGGGUCAUUUGGAGCACCUGCGUAACGAGCGAAAACGGGCAGAGAUGCGUCGGGAGUUUAAGGAGAGGCUGGUUACGUCGCCGUUUAUUACCCCCGGCAAACCCUGGGAGGAGGCGCGCAGCUUCAUCAUGAACGAGGAGUUCUACCACUGGCUGGAGGAAUCUGAGUAUCUCGAUAUGUACAACAAGCAUCAGAAGGAGAUUAUUGACCGAGCCAAAGAGGACUUCCAGGAGCUUUUGUUGGAGUACUCUGAGCUGUUCUACGAGCUUGAGGUGGAUGCUAAACCCAGUAAAGAGAAAAUGGGGGCCAUCCAAGAGUUUCUUGGAGAGGAACAGAGAUUUAAGGCCCUCCAAAAGCUUCAGGCAGAGCGUGACGCCCUGGUGCUCAAGCACAUCCAUUUUGUGUACCACCCAACUAAAGACACUUGCCCUAACAGUCCAAAUUGUGUGGACAGCAAGAUUGAGCAGAUUCUAGCCACUAGAUUUCCCACCCGCUAUUCAUCUGAUGCUAGCUUAAAGUCGCAGUGUGGUGGAAAGGUAGACAGGAUCAAUCUUGUAAUCCUUGGCAAAGAUGGAUUAGCAAGAGAGUUAGCCAAUGAGAUCAGAGCAAUGUGCACAAGUGAUGACCGGUACGUGCUGGAUGGAAGGAUGUAUGAGCUCACCCUUCGCCCUAUAGAAGGCAAUGUACGUCUACCAGUUAACUCCUUUCACACACCGACGUUUACACCACACGGCUGUCUGUGCCUGUACAAUUCUAAGGAAUCGUUGUCCUACGUCGUUGAAAGCAUUGACAAACUUCGGGAGUCGACCACCGGCCGAAGGGACAACAGCUUAGCUCAGCUCCCCCUCUCUCUUUUGUUGGUCACCAAGCGUGGUGUUGGAUCAAUUGGGGACAUCGGGGGGGAAACUGCUCAGAGUUUGAUCUCGCAGGGGCAGCAGGUUGCUAGCAAACUGCAGUGCACUUACUUGGACCCUGCAUCCCCAGGUGUCGGAUAUGGGCGCAAUGUCAACGAAAAGCAAAUCAACCAAGUCCUCAAAAGCCUCCUGGAGUUGUCGAGACCCCCUGGCCCUCUGGCAAGUGGCUCUCCUCCUUCGCACACCCCACCAGCACGUUUCAGAGACUCUCACGCUCAGCAGACCUCAGACUUGCACAUCGUCAUGUGCCUUAUGUGUGGUGACACCUACGAUGUGGACCAGCUUUUGUCACCUUUCCUACUUCCACAACACUGUAAGCCUUCCACCCAACUAUCCAGUGGCACCUCCGUGUUAUUGGACCUUACUGUCGGUUGCCAGAGGCAAACCAUUGACCUAACUGUACUGUCAUACCACUCAUCUUUCUCCUUGCGCAAGAACCAACUGGUACAUGGGUACAUUGCAGUGUACUCGGCUAAACGCAAGGCUUCCAUGGAAACACUUUGCGCCUUCUUGUGCGAGGUCCAGGACAUUAUUCCUGUGCAGAUGUUGGCAGUUGGGGAGAAGCAGGCCGAGCUGACGGAACUGGAGAUAGCCAGAGAGCAGCUAGUCCAGGGCCAGGAGUUGGCUCAUGAAAUCGAAGGGCGUUUCAGUUCGAUUGUGUGCGGGUCUGGUGGUGUUGUGGGUGGCUUGCAUCGGAUAGACCUCUUCCUGCCUUUCCUAAAGGAAGUAGCUGAAAAAAGGACUAUUGUGGAGGCCUCACAUAUGUACGACAAUGUGGCAGAAGCCUGCAGUACUAAUGAGAAUGUCCAUUCCCCGCGAUGCGCAUCACCCAGCACCACCCUGUUGGACUCGGAAGAUGAUGUCGAGCCCUCACCACCAUAUCCAACCCUUAGAGAUGAUGUCACCCUGACACAUGGCGGGAGCUUCAAACUCACUGACCUGGAGGGCAGCGAUGCCUUCAGUGUCCUCUCUGAGAUCAGCACCUUUGAGAUCAAACUCAACAACAAAGUCCCACCUCAGGUGCGGCCCAAGCCGACGUUUGACUUUCGCAAAGUUAGUUUUGGAUCCUACGUGGAUCCAGGAGGUAACAGACGUUCUCUGCCAUCAGUCACGUGGGCACCAGGAAGUGACGGAGGUUACGACCCAUCUGACUAUGCCGAGCCAAUGGACGCUGUAGCCAAGCCGCGGCCCUCGGAAGAGGAGAACAUAUACUCCGUACCUCACGACAGCACACAGGGAAAGAUCAUCACUAUCCGCAAUGCGAAUAAGAGUCAUUCUAAUGGUGGGGGCAAUGGGUCAGACAGUGAGGCUGAUAGCAGCUCGCUGGAGCGCAGGCGCAAGCUGUCGGCCCUUGGGGUUAAGCCACGGCUGUAUCGCGACCGUUCUAAACGCUUGGGCAAGUUCAGCAGCUUCCGCACGAGCUUCAUCGGCAGUGACGACGAGCUCGGAGGUCCGCCCAAGACCAAAGAGGACGACACGGGGGUGCUGAAAGGAGACAGUUCCCUGACUGAGGAGGGUGAGGACCCCAAGAGAAGAAACAUCCUGAGGAGUCUACGUAGAACUACCAAGAAAACGAGGCCCAAGCCCCGCCAGUCUGUCUCCAAGCCCCUGGAGAGUAACUACUUCGGCGUCCCGCUGGCCAACGUGGUCACACCCGAACGCCCCAUUCCUCUCUUCAUCGAGAAGUGCAUCCGUUAUAUCGAGGCUACGGGCCUGAACACAGAGGGCAUCUACAGAGUGAGUGGGAACAAAGCUGAGAUGGAAAGCAUACAGAGACAAUUUGACCAGGAUCCCAACCUGGACCUGGUAGAGAAGGAUGUCUCUGUCAACACGGUUGCUGGAGCCAUGAAGAGUUUCUUCUCGGAGCUGCCGGAACCUCUGGUCCCCUAUGGCAUGCAGGCGGAGCUGGUUGAAGCCUUCAAGAUCACUGAUCGUGACCAGCGUCUCCACACCAUGAAGGAUGUGGUGCUCAGGUUCCCCAGAGAGAACUAUGAUGUCUUCAAAUAUGUCAUCAGCCACCUCAACAAAGUGAGUCAGAGCAGUCGCGUGAACCUGAUGACCAGUGAUAACCUGUCUAUCUGCUUCUGGCCCACACUCAUGCGUCCUGACUUCACCACCAUGGACGCCCUGACCGCCACGCGCACCUACCAGACAAUCAUCGAGACCUUCAUCCACCAGUGUGCAUUCUUCUUCCACAAUCAGCCCCUGGCCAACACGCCUGGCGGGCCGGCCGGCCUCCCGGGGUCGCCCACGGCGACCCUCUCCUCCGCCUCGCCCGUGGCCGGCUCCGCCUACUCGUCCUGCUACGCUCCACCCCAGCACGUGGCCCCGCCCUUCAGCUCUGCCCAGCAUUCCCCGCCCCAUUCCCCGCCCCCUACCCCGCAGUCUCCCGUCCAGAGUCUGCUGCCGGUGCUACACCCGCACCACACCCCCGCGGAGCAGCACACGUUGUGAGCAGCGGGAGAGUAAGGGAGCGUGGCAAAAUCACCGAAGUUAAUGAGGAGAGUUUGAGAAAUUAAAAGAUUUUUCUGAGGUGGUGGGAUAUGAAUGAGAUUGGGCGGGAAAUGUGUCUGAAAACUAGAGACAGUAGGCAGUGGGGAGUGAGAGGGUGAGACAUGGGGUGAGAGGGUGAGACAUGGGGUGAGAGGGUGAGACAUGGGGUGAGAGGGUGCUAGAACACCCUUCAUGUCUCUCCGUAGGUCACAACUCUCGACUCCGCUCUGCGUUAGAGCUCAGCUACACACAGAACUCCCUCUGUCUGGGGUCAGCGUGGGGUCAGCGUGGGGUCACCCCUGAGGGGUGUCUGAGGAAAAAGGCCUGAGGAGAGUGUGGCGUGUGGACCAAACCCUGAACUCCACUCUACCUAAACCCUGUCCACUUCACCAGUCACACUGGAGAACCAGUUUGGGUGGCAAUGGGCCUUCCUUAGCAUUCCUGACACUUUUGUUUUGUAGCUUUCGACCAUUAUUAUUAUCGCAUUAAAAAACAAAACAAAAAAGAUGACUCCUUUCAGCCCUUGAUGUGCUAACUCUGAACCACAUUCCUCUCCUUCCCAAUCCUGUUCGACUUGCAACAGACAUUUAUAAAGCAGCAGAAGAUAAGCGUCUGAACUUGACAAACUGGACCUGUUUUGCUGGUGGUGGACUACAGUGAACUUUGGUACUUUUUUUAUUAUUAUCCCUGUGGCAUCUUGGGAUUUGUAGUCUUCUCUACAUGUCUCCUCAUCCCCUCUGCCCUCCUCACGAUGAGCCAGAAUGUCCUGAACUUGUAGAGAGAUGCCUUUCCAUUUCUAGAGUGGCGUGUUGUUUAGUUCUAUAGCGCGAAGUCAUCGUCCUUACAGCUGUAGACUCUGUGGCCAGGUUCGCGUGCUUCCUGUCCUGUGGGGGCGUGGCGUACGCAGAUGAUUGGCAUAGGCUUGGACCAAUGAAUGUGCUCCACCAGAAAGCAGGUGUGCUGCUCUGAUGACGCUGGUUACAAUUCAGUUGUGCUCCAUUUUAUAACGGCUAUCAGUGAGGUUUCCUCUUUGAGCACAAACUAGCAGCUGGGCUAAGGUCUCUAGUAAAUUGGAACCUUUAUGUGUGUGUGUGUGUGUGUGUGUGUGUGUGUGUGUGUGUGUGUGUGUGCGCGUGCGUGUGUGUGUCUGUCAGUCAAUAUGUACACUUUACACCUGUGAAAUGUCACAUAGAAAAUUUGUCAUCUCUAAACAUGUGUCUAAUUGACUGGUUCAAGAGAGACCAUUUGCACCAGAGACUGGAGAUAUACUGAAAUUCUCGUUCUCUGUUUUAACAACAUCACCCCUCCGUUUUAAAAUGUGUCAUGUAAUUCAGAACAUAAGCCUGCACUGUGCUGCUUAAAAUACAUCUGAAAAAUGUCAUAAAUGGUUUGUGUUUGACAGGGUAUAGACAGAAAGGCAGAAAACCAUUAAUAUGCAAGUCUAGGUAUGUCUCUCUUAUGCAUGUUAUUUCAAAUGGGGCUUCAUCCAUGUUCUUUGGAGAGCACCUACCACCUGCUGUACCGACGCGGUACUGCACCUCAGAAGUAAGGCUUCGAUUUUUCUGCCCACAUUUAACGCCAAGUUCAUUACAAUCCCCCACAGUGAAGUGCAGACUGUACUUUAAAUCACAGCUCUCGUUUGCAGCGCAUCACAAGUGACGAGGUGAGGUGGAACUCAAUAGACAUGGACGGCACGAGUUUCAUUGCGCGAUUCUCUUCUCACGCCUCUCAGAAACUUAUAUUGGACUCUGUAUUCUCAGGUCGACAGUAGCAGAGGAGAUAAUGACACUGAACGUUGCGUCAUCGUCAGGUCCGGGUUAUUGUUAUCGAUGUGCGACUCUUGAGAAAAUGUAAACGUGCUCGUACGUUCCUGAACGGAAAAUCCUGGAAUUGAACAGGGAUUUUAGGAUUAUGGAUCCGUACAGUUUUAGUUUGAGCUCCAGUUAGAAGGGCGUUUCCUGUAGUGCAAGUCUCUGGUGGAUCUGUCCCCCCGAUGUCCCGUCCCGUCCCGUCCCGUCCCACCCUGGCCGUCAGACUCAAAUGAAGCGCCCACCUCGCUAUUUGGAGCCUCACCGCUGUUUCUCUCCGUGCGUGCUCACGGUCCUCCCUCACACGGGCGUGCAGUCACUGUGUUCUCCUCUCUCUCUUCUGGUUCGGACCGGGUGUUUCGGGAGCUUGUGUGAAGACGCGCGCCCUCCCGGUGCUGACCCUCAGCUGACCCCAAGCCGCUAAAGACUUGGCAGAAAAGCAAAGAAGUGUGAGAAGGAGUUGAGGGUGGAACGGCACGUCACGGCUCUGCUGAGCUCUGGCUGCAUUUCUGUCUUUUACUUACGCAUCAAUGGUGACAGAUUAAAUUAAUUGAGAAGAAAGCAAAACUAUAUUCAAAAUUGUUGCAUAUUUGUAUGUUAGGGGUCUAACAUUUGCCCUGUAGUCAGUGGUGAUAGAAAAUUCUUUUUUUUCUUUUUAUUUUAAUAAUUAAAAAAGACCUUUUUUAAAAACAAUUUUGUGAAAGGUGUAAAGGCCCUGAGACGCAGUGCAUGAUGGAUCCUCACGUUCAGGAGUCUGGCCUUCCGCUGUCCAUAGCUAAGAAAAAUGAAAUGAACAUUAAACAUGGGAAAAAAAUUUAAAUGAAGAUACAUUGAUAAAAAGCUUGUGUGGUUAUUUGGUAAGAGUAUGAUGUCAUUGGUCUCGAUGGGAGUGGAGGACGACCAGUAAGGCCUUACGCGACCUGUAUUAUAGUUAAUAAAUCAAUCUUGUAAUAUGUCUCCAGUGUCUGGUUUUUGUCUGACUUAAAACAAAUCUGGGGUUUUUUUCCCAUGUUUUAUAGUUUCUGCACUAAAAAGGUUUUACAUGUAGUUCUCCACAGAGACACAUCUAUUAACUUUGACGCAUCUUUCAUUUAUACUGCAAGUGUGCUGUGUGAUUCUGAAUAUUUUAAUUGUGUGUGGGUUUUAUGGUAAACUAUUUACAGCAAUAUAAACUGCUUAUAACAUUUAUGGUUUCUGUUUACAGUAUUUGGCUGAUGCUCAACUUGUAUGUUUGUCAAUGGUGGUGGCGUGUGACCCCCUGGGAUUCAAACCCGGGACCUGGGUGUUGCGCUCAUUUGCUCUCCCAGGCCUGAUAACCGAAUGCCCUUCUUAACGAUUCCCAAUUAGUUUCAAACUUCGAUGGCUUCACCAGUGCCAUACUUGGCACUCUGUACAGUGGGUCAUGUAGCCUAAGUGUUGCUAUGGCACCGAUACCGGUGCUGACUGGUUUAAAAUAAAGCCGUUUGGGGUUUGCUUCCAGUGUU